AUGUCACUUAAGAGAGUACAAGUCAACACCUACACAGAUAAUAGCCAAUCAUAUUAUACCAUAUUGGGCAUGGAGUUAACAAGUGAAACGUUUCAGUUGUAUGACUUAAUUUUUUUAGUUUAAUAUUUGGAUUCUGUGAUAGAUUCAUACAAGUGUGAUAACCAUGCAUACAGUACCAGUGGUCGUGUUUUCAUUGUUGCUCUCUUUGGCUGCUGGCAAAGAGACGUUUAAUCUCACACAGGGGCCGCUACCUGACGAAAUAAAAAACUUUCCUGACACAGCAAACCGCUUUAUGGCAUAUCUGGACCCAGCCAGUAAAACAACAAAGACUCACUGUUAUUGGUGCGCCCCAGGGGUGUUGUCCGACUCCUCCCAGAACAAGAAGCAGAGCUCGCAAUGUAAUGACCACAUUAAGGGGCGAGUCUUGAUUGAAAUGCUCACACCGAAAGAGCGCAACCAAAUGAAGAUUCCUGUUUGCCAUGUUGGAGAAGUUCCAAAUUGUGGACCGCCGCCACAAGACCGGAAGAAGGAAUCAUUUCAUUGGUACAUUGACCGAGGUUGGAGUAACGCAGAUUAUUCCGUGUACUUCUCAUCUGCCCUGGUUUGCAACUACACGCAGGAGAUUGUAGCAGAGUACUACUGUAAUAUCACACUGCAAUGGCAGUUGUUGCACUAUAAUCCAACUAAGAAAUGUGAACAAGAGCCCACAAUCAUUCCUGUAGAGGAAAAAGACAACUAUGUUGCCCACAUCAUUGGAGGAGUUGUUGGAGUUGUUUUGCUGGUAGCUGUGAUUCUGAUUGUUGCCUGCCGGUUUUUCAGGAAAAGGAAGAUGAAGUCAAAUUCAGAUGAUGUUGAAUUAAAAGUGAUAAUGACACAACCCACUUCUCCAGCCAAUCCGAGCGUCUCCAAGGGAAGCUAUAUUAGUCGCACAUCGUCAAAGUCGAAAAGUUCAAUUGAAGAGGAUUCAGAAAUUCAGGAGGAAGAAGAGCCAUUUCUAUAUAAAAAUGAGAAAAGUUCUAACGACACAUUAAUCAACGAAAUAAAUAAAGAAGAACAGCCUGUAGCCCUUAAACCAUCUAAACCUCCAGUGUUAAAAUCAAGCGCUGUGUUUGGCUACCGAUUGAACAACAUAGACAAGAAAGACAAAGAAGUAAAUUUUAAGUUUCAGUCUCUAGCCAAGCCUGUACCACCUGGUGGUGAUAUAUAUGUGAUAGUGAAAGGAGCCACUGGGUAUGUGAUCCGAAGGGAAGAUUCUGGCAAAACAUGGAAUGGCCCACUUAUUGAAACGGCCAGUCGAGCAUGUGUAAUGACAUCACUGGGUCCUGACGACUCUUGCAGAUACAUUUAUACCUUAACAUUUGCAGACGGAAAAAAGAUUGAAGGCAAUUUUUCAGUUACAGUUUCAGACAGACAAGACACAUAUGGGCAAGAGAUAGGUCAAAGUUCAGCUUCAGUACAUAUGACCCGCGCUGAGGUGCAUCCAAGCGGAAUAACUAGGGAUUAUCAACCCUUCACUUCUAGCAUUCUUGACAGUAAUCAUGAUUCUGCAUUGGCAAGCCGUUCGGAAAUAAGUCAAAGUGGAAAUCCUUCUUAUGCAAAAGUAGGAGUUAGUUCUAAUGCAGGAAGUAGUAAUAUGAAUGCUAUGUCUAAUGAGAGGGUAAACAGUCGCCAGUUGUCAAACAAAAGUUCUAGUGGAUAUUGUUCUGAGCUUGUCGAUCUUAAAUCUGGUGAUACUCUAUCUGUGUCAUCAUUAAUUUCAAAUGAGGAAUGUAAUGUAACACAGCCUGAGACUUUCAGUGACAGCAAUUGCAAUGAUAAAAAUGAUUUGGGUAUUACUGAGAACAAUAUUCCUGAUGUCCCUCUUCGGGAAGAUGGAGAUGGAGCUGUUUCCUCAACCGAAUGCUACGCUGAAAAUGAAAAUGAUGAGGAACAUAACACAGAUCCAAAGCUGCUUAUUAGUAAAGAUUCUGAUAAGAAAAAGAUGGGCGGCUGUUCACAAACUCCAUCACCAGCCACGAGUGAAUCAUCUAGGUCAUGCACAUGGUCACCGGCCAAUCGUAAACCAAAAAUAGAAAGAGACCAUAUCAAUGAAGGAGCACAAGCAACAGCACCAAAUGAACAGCAGAAGCAAGAAGUGUCCUGUGGUAUAAAGAACCAGUCUAAAUCAAUUGAGCGUGAACAUAGCAGAACAUCCUCCAAUAAUGUAACUGAGACUGGAAAUAAUGUGAUACGAAAAGAUACAGACUUAAGUACAGAACUUAAGAAUUUGAGGCAAUCUUAUGCUGUCAAUGGUAUGGACAAUCAAAAUGGUGGGGACAGCCUCAGUCAUACUCAGCAUGUAUGCAUUGAUGUAUCAACCAAAGACAGUUCCAAAGAUGAUAUGAUUGUCAUUACUGAAAAAUAUGAUUCUCUAGAUACUGACAGUUUAAAUAGUGAGUCUAAUUCAUACACUGUCAAUGAAAGUUGAUUAGUACUGCCCCCCUUCUAAGAAGCGGGGGUAUAUUGCUUUGUAUAUGUCGGUCCAUUGGUCAGUCGGUUGGAAGAUCAAACCUUGUCCAAUUAAUAACUAGAGCAUGCAUGGGCCUUAGGUCUUGAAAUUUGGUAGAGAGGUUGGUCAUGACCAGCAUAUGACCCCUAUUGAUUUUGAGGUUAGUGAAAGAUCACAGUUGUGAUAACCUUGAACAAAAAAACCUUUUCCGCUUGCUAACUAGAGUAUGCUUGGACCUACUGUUCUCAAAUAUGUUAAGGUCUUGGGUCAUGAGCUGUAGAUGGUCCUUAUUGAUAUGAAGGUCAGCAGGUUAAAGGUCAAGGUCACAGUCACCUUGCACAAAAACCUUGUUUAAUCAAUAUGAACUGAACAAUUGGUGGAGAGGUUGGUCAUGACCUGUAUAUCCAUAUCGAGACUCCUAUUGAUUUUUAGCUCACCUGAGCACGAAGUGCUCAAGGUGAGCUAUUGUGAUCGCCCUUUGUACGUCGUCCGUCGUUGUCGUCCGUUGUCAACAAUUUGACUGUUAACACUCUAGAGGUCACAAUUUGGGCACUAUCUUAAUGAAACUUGGUCAGAAUGUUUCCCUCAAUAAAAUCUUGGAUGAGUUCGAUAUUGGGUCAACUUUGCCAGAAUGUUAAUAUUAAUACUCUCUAGGUCAAGUUCGAUUCUGGGUCCUAGCGGUCAAAAACUAGGUUACCAGGUCAAAUUGAAGGAAAAUCUUGUUAACACUAGAGGUCUCAUUUAUGACUGUAUCUUCAUGAAAGUUGGUCAGAAUGUUUAUAUUAAUAAUCUUUAAGUCAAGUUUAAAUUUGGGUCAUGUGCGGUCAAAAACUAGGUCACCAGGUCAAAUCAUAGGAAAAGCUUGUUAGCACUCUAGAGGUCACAU